CGCUGCGAGGGGCGUCCGGGUCCCGGGUCCCGGUCGGCGGAGCCGGCCCGCGCGAGGUGUGGGCGGGCGGGCCGCGGGGGUCCCGGGCGGACACGGGCGCACACGCUCCCGGAGGUGCCUUCUCUGAGGCUGCUCUUCCUCGGCCAGACGGAGAGCGGCAGUGUCUCCCCGCCCAGCGCACACUCGCCCCGCGUCUCCCCCCGCGGCGGCUGCUCCUCCUCGGCACCGCCAGCCCCAGCGCCGCUCCCGGGCGGGCGGCGGCGGCGGCGGCGGCGGGACCCGCGGAGCCGCUUUGUGUGCAGCCCGACGAGGGGCGGCGGCGCAACCACCUGACAGAGGCCCGGGCGCUCGAUGCACCUUCCGCCCGCAUGAGGAGGAGGAGAGGCCGGUAGAGGACUGUGAAAGAAAAGUUGUCCCCCAGGAUGGACUUCACCGCGCAGCCCAAGCCUGCCACGGCCCUCUGUGGCGUCGUGAGUGCAGACGGGAAGAUCGCUUACCCUCCCGGGGUAAAGGAGAUCACCGACAAGAUCACCACGGAUGAAAUGAUCAAGCGACUGAAGAUGGUAGUAAAAACUUUUAUGGAUAUGGAUCAGGACUCAGAAGACGAAAAACAGCAGUAUCUCCCACUAGCCUUGCAUCUUGCAUCUGAAUUUUUCCUCAGGAAUCCCAAUAAAGAUGUGCGUCUCCUUGUAGCAUGUUGUUUGGCCGACAUUUUUCGAAUCUAUGCCCCAGAAGCUCCAUAUACUUCCCAUGAUAAACUUAAGGACAUAUUUUUGUUUAUUACCAGACAAUUAAAAGGUUUGGAGGAUACAAAGAGUCCACAGUUUAAUAGAUACUUUUAUUUAUUAGAGAACUUAGCUUGGGUUAAAUCAUAUAACAUCUGCUUCGAAUUGGAAGAUUGCAAUGAAAUUUUUAUUCAGCUUUUUAGGACUCUCUUCUCAGUGAUCAACAAUAGCCACAAUAAGAAGGUACAAAUGCACAUGCUAGACUUGAUGAGUUCUAUCAUCAUGGAAGGUGAUGGAGUUACUCAAGAAUUAUUAGACUCCAUUCUUAUUAACCUCAUUCCUGCACAUAAGAACUUAAAUAAACAGUCCUUUGACCUUGCAAAAGUCUUAUUGAAAAGGACAGUCCAAACUAUUGAGGCGUGCAUUGCCAAUUUUUUCAAUCAAGUCCUGGUGCUGGGAAGAUCAUCAGUAAGUGAUUUGUCAGAACAUGUAUUUGAUCUGAUUCAGGAACUUUUUGCAAUAGAUCCUCAUUUAUUAUUAUCUGUCAUGCCGCAGCUUGAAUUCAAACUAAAGAGCAAUGAUGGAGAAGAGCGAUUAGCUGUUGUUCGACUUUUAGCUAAAUUAUUUGGUUCUAAAGAUUCUGAUUUGGCAACACAGAAUCGUCCUCUUUGGCAGUGUUUUCUUGGACGAUUUAAUGACAUUCACGUUCCUGUGAGAUUAGAAAGUGUGAAAUUUGCCAGUCACUGUUUAAUGAAUCACCCAGAUUUAGCAAAGGAUCUCACAGAAUAUUUGAAAGUUAGAUCACAUGAUCCCGAAGAGGCUAUUCGUCAUGAUGUCAUUGUUACUAUAAUAACAGCUGCCAAAAGAGACCUUGCCUUAGUAAAUGAUCAGCUACUGGGCUUUGUAAGAGAAAGAACACUGGAUAAACGGUGGCGAGUAAGAAAAGAAGCUAUGAUGGGUCUGGCUCAGCUUUAUAAGAAAUACUGCCUUCAUGGUGAAGCGGGAAAGGAAGCUGCAGAGAAAGUCAGCUGGAUAAAAGACAAGCUUUUGCAUAUUUAUUAUCAGAAUAGCAUCGAUGACAAACUGUUGGUAGAGAAAAUCUUUGCACAGUAUCUUGUCCCCCACAACCUGGAAACAGAAGAGAGAAUGAAAUGCUUAUAUUACUUAUAUGCUAGUUUGGAUCCAAAUGCUGUCAAAGCUCUCAAUGAAAUGUGGAAGUGUCAGAACAUGCUUAGAAGUCAUGUACGAGAACUAUUGGAUUUGCACAAGCAACCUACAUCAGAGGCUAACUGUUCUGCCAUGUUUGGAAAACUGAUGACCAUAGCAAAGAAUUUGCCUGACCCUGGGAAAGCACAAGAUUUUGUGAAGAAAUUUAACCAGGUUCUCGGUGAUGAUGAGAAAUUGCGGUCUCAGCUGGAGUUAUUAAUCAGCCCAACCUGUUCAUGCAAACAGGCAGAUGUUUGUGUGAGAGAAAUAGCUCGAAAACUUGCAAAUCCUAAGCAGCCAACAAAUCCUUUUCUAGAGAUGGUCAAAUUUCUGUUGGAAAGAAUUGCACCUGUGCACAUUGAUUCAGAAGCCAUAAGUGCACUGGUAAAACUGAUGAAUAAAUCAAUAGAGGGGACAGCAGAUGAUGAAGAGGAGGGUGUAAGUCCAGAUACAGCUAUUCGUUCAGGACUUGAACUUCUUAAGGUUCUGUCUUUCACACAUCCUACCUCGUUCCACUCUGCAGAGACAUAUGAGUCCCUGUUACAGUGCCUCAGAAUGGAAGAUGACAAGGUAGCAGAAGCUGCUAUACAAAUUUUUAGAAAUACAGGCCACAAAAUAGAAACAGACCUACCCCAGAUACGAUCGACCUUAAUUCCCAUUUUACAUCAGAAAGCAAAGAGAGGUACUCCACACCAAGCAAAACAGGCUGUUCACUGUAUACAUGCCAUAUUCACAAAUAAAGAAGUCCAGCUUGCACAGAUUUUUGAGCCACUCAGUAGGAGUCUGAAUGCUGAUGUACCAGAACAACUUAUAACUCCAUUAGUUUCAUUGGGACACAUUUCUAUGUUAGCACCAGAUCAAUUUGCUUCCCCAAUGAAAUCUGUAGUAGCAAAUUUUAUUGUGAAAGAUCUGCUAAUGAAUGACAGGUCAACAGGUGAGAAGAAUGGAAAAUUAUGGUCUCCAGAUGAAGAGGUUUCCCCUGAAGUACUAGCAAAGGUACAGGCAAUUAAACUUCUGGUAAGGUGGCUGUUGGGUAUGAAAAACAACCAGUCUAAAUCUGCCAAUUCAACUCUUCGAUUAUUAUCAGCGAUGUUGGUUAGUGAGGGUGACCUGACAGAGCAAAAGAGGAUCAGUAAAUCUGAUAUGUCUCGCUUGCGAUUAGCUGCUGGUAGUGCCAUAAUGAAGCUUGCUCAGGAACCUUGUUACCAUGAAAUUAUAACCCCAGAACAGUUUCAGCUCUGUGCACUUGUUAUUAAUGAUGAGUGCUACCAAGUAAGGCAGAUAUUUGCUCAGAAGUUGCAUAAGGCUCUCGUGAAGUUACUACUCCCAUUGGAGUAUAUGGCGAUCUUUGCCUUGUGUGCCAAAGAUCCUGUGAAGGAGAGAAGAGCACAUGCACGACAGUGUUUACUAAAAAAUAUCAGUAUACGCAGGGAAUACAUUAAACAGAAUCCCAUGGCUACUGAGAAAUUAUUAUCACUGUUGCCUGAAUAUGUAGUUCCAUACAUGAUUCACCUGCUAGCCCAUGAUCCAGAUUUUACAAGAUCACAAGAUGUUGAUCAGCUUCGUGAUAUUAAAGAGUGCCUAUGGUUCAUGCUUGAAGUUUUAAUGACAAAGAAUGAAAACAAUAGCCAUGCCUUUAUGAAGAAGAUGGCAGAGAACAUCAAGUUAACAAAAGAUGCCCAGUCUCCAGAUGAAUCCAAGACAAAUGAAAAACUUUAUACAGUAUGUGAUGUGGCUCUGUGUGUUAUAAAUAGUAAAAGUGCUUUGUGCAAUGCAGAUUCACCAAAGGAUCCAGUCCUUCCACUGAAAUUUUUUACACAACCUGAAAAGGAUUUCUGUAAUGACAAAAGUUAUAUUUCAGAAGAGACUAGAGUACUUCUGCUAACAGGAAAGCCAAAACCUGCUGGAGUACUAGGUGCAGUAAACAAGCCUUUAUCAGCAACGGGAAGGAAACCGUAUGUUAGAAGCACUGGAGCUGAGACUGGAAGCAAUAUUAAUGUAAAUUCAGAGCUGAACCCUUCAACCGGAAAUCGAUCAAGGGAACAGAGUUCAGAGGCAGUAGAAACUGGAGUUAGUGAAAAUGAAGAGAACCCUGUGAGGAUUAUUUCUGUCACACCUGUAAAGAAUAUUGAUCCAGUAAAGAAUAAGGAGAUCAAUUCUGAUCAGACUACCCAGGGCAACAUCAGCAGUGACCGAGGAAAGAAAAGAAGUGUAGCAGCAGCUGGUGCAGAGAACAUCCAACAAAAAACAGAUGAGAAAGUAGACGAAUCAGGACCACCUGCCCCUUCAAAACCCAGGAGAGGGCGCCGACCCAAGUCUGAAUCUCAGGGCAAUGCAACCAAAACUGAUGACAUAAACAAACCUCUGGGCAAGGGAAGAAAGAGAGCUGCGGUCAGUCAGGAAAGCCCUGGGGGUCUGGAAGCAGGUAACGCCAAAGCCCCCAAACUGCAAGAUGGAGCCAAAAAGGCAGCACCAGCAGAAAGACAGAUUGACUUACAAAGGUAAAAAGAAAACUCAUUUGCAAAGGGAGAAAAUGAAAGCCAAACAGAAGCAGUCUCCAGCUUCUGCAAAAACUUGGAUUCAAAUGUCCCUGAACAGAAAAUGAAGUUAACUUCAGAACACACUUUCUGCCUUGAAAACUGAAAGAAACUAUUACUUCCUUUUACAUGACCACAAGUCCUUUGAUGGAAAUGUACAGCAGAAACUCUUGAGAGAGAAGCUAAAAGCAACUCUAUUCUCCCCUCCCCCCUAGACUUUUCUUACGAAAAGUCAAUAAUUAAGCAAAUUGCUUAACACUUGGUUCCAGUUCCUGCAUAUCUGGAGUUCAAAGGCAUAAUACACCAUUAAUUUCCAUGCUGCAGUUUUUAUUUUAAAGAAAGUAACAGGAUGUCCUUACACUGACACUGAAAAUUCAUCAAUUUUAGAGCCAGGAAUUCCCAUGUUACACAGAAAAAAAUAAAGUCUACUGAAUUAAUUUUUUAGAAGAGAUCAGAUUAAAUAUUUCUUUGUUUUUCCUUUUGGAAACUUUUAUGUAUAAUUCUUUCUGCCUGCCUACUUUUCUGCAAAAAUGAGAUGUACAGAUUUCGGUUCCCUGCUAUGAAAAGUGAUGUGGUGGCAAUUUUAUAAAUGUUGCUUUCUGAUUUUUAUCAGAGUGAGAAAAUAAAAUUAUUAUUGAUUUCAUAUCACUUCAUAUUUUGAUUCCCCUCCAUUUUAGCUUAAUAUAAUUUGCAAUAAAUGUACAUAUUGUUGUUUGUUUCAUAAAGCAUAUCACUUUAAAAUGGUUUUUACUCCUGUGAUUAUGUUGGAAUAUUUGGAAUUUUAAAGGAGUAAAGACUGCCCAGCAUUUGGUUUUAUAAUGUUUGUCACCAGAUUUUUAUUAUUGAUGUAAAGAAAAAGUCAAUUUUUUUAAAUAGUUGGACUUUGGCAGCUUUGUAAGGAAGUUGGAGGUGUUUAGGAUUGCUAUCAAUCUUCAGCAUUGUGCUGUUGGGAAAUAAGUAUUUUGCUUUUGUCUGCCUGUCUGGGCUCAGUUUUUAUGUUUAUUUUAGAAAACAACUGUUGCAUCAAUAUAUUGUUUCUUGGCAUUGUUCAGCAUAGGUAAUGUGUGCACUCUUUGUGUACACAUAAUCAUAUUUAAGUUUUUUGCAUAAAAUAAAUGCUUUUAGAUGUCAUAUGGUAGUCUUUUUUAAUCUCUAUCAUAUUAUGUUUUCUUGUGUUUCUUUUUAUGUGAAAGGGCUAAUAAAGUCAUAAAGAAACAACAUAAUUACAACCAACUCUCCAUUAUCUAUAUAAAAUAGUGGCUAUGCCUCAGGUUUUGAGUUUUGCAGUCACAAUUUAAAUCACAAACUUAAUGAAACCAAGUAUGUUGCAAGAGCUAUUUCAGGAGGAACUUGAAAUUUGUCCUUCUUUAUGCUCAGAGUUGUAGCUGCCCCCAUUCUGUACUUGAGGCUCUUUCCUGAAGCCCUAACUGAAUGUGCUCACUCAGUUGCCUUGCACAUUCCUAGUGAGGGUCAGAAAACACAAAUGACACUUGCAUUAGAAGUUGGUCUUGAGAGGCUGUAGUCUGCAAGGGAUGUAAAACAGCGAAUGUGAGCUAUGUCAAAAAAGAAUGAUUAAUGUGAAAUGUGAAAUUUGCUAGUAGUAAAUGUCACUUACAGAUAAUCAAGAGUUGGCUGUGUACUGACUCAGUGAAAGAUGGGUAAUUCUUUCAAAUAUGCAUGUACACACAUUUAGGUAUCGGGUGAUGAUUAGGGAACAGUGGAUACAAGUGAUAGAAAACAAUACCUUUUAAAAGGGCGGGAAAAGCCCUCACUCUUCUUAUUGCCUCUUCAUUACCCUUUAGAAGUAUAAAAUACUGCCUCCAACAUGCUGAAAAAGAAUAUCUAUGCAUAAGCAUCAGAGAAGUCCCUCAAGCAAACAGUGGACAUGUAUAUUUAGAAAGCUUUUAAAGUGCUCUUAGCAUCAGACAACUUGAUUCUUAAGGCCACCGAUCUGUCACCAAUAAAAAGCACACUAGUAGGGACCUUUUUCAACUCCUUUUGAUUACUCAGCAUCACAGCUGACUAGAUUACCUAGUGUUAAGUCAUAUUUAUAACAAUGUAGCAGAACCAUUCGCAUCUGUUUGUGGCUGCGUCGAUUUUUUGCAGGAGUGGAGUUUAGCUAAAAGGAUCUGGUCCGCAGGUGUAUGUAAAUGGCCCCCCUGGUUUCAUAAUAUGAUGCAAGCAUCUAGCACUAAGGGAAGGGAGAGUAGGAGGAUAAAAAGAUUGAGAUGAUGGGGAGGGACUUAAGGGACAUUUGUCAGUUUUCCUUUGCAAAAAGGAAAAAGUUAAAUCCCUUAGGAAUUUGAUAUUCACAUCUCAGAGAAAUACAACACAAAGUGCAGACUUAUAUUUGAGAAUUAAUGUUAACCCUUUGUGUCUAGUUUGAAGCUUCUUGUAUUUGUCUAAAACUACAAGCCAGAAUUUUGUAUCUCCUUUGAUAAAAAGUGUGUAUAAUGUAAAGUAGUUUUGCAUAUUCUUGUGCUGCACAUGGGCUGAAUUUUUAAAAAAUUUUUUUAAAGACUUGAAGCAGAACCUUGUAAUUUGUGUAAAUGAUGAGUGUAAAAUCCUACCAUAAAAUGCUAAAAAUAUGCAUUGUUUCAAAUAAAACCAAGAAAUGCAGCAUUAUAUAGUAGUGUGGAACCCUGAAUAUUCAUGUAUGUCACAAGCUGAUAACAUAUUUGCAUAUUUUCUGUUUGGAUUCUGGAGUCUGCAUGUCCUUAUAAGAAAUCAAAUGUAAUCAUAAAUGAAAAAAUCAAACCUUCAAAUUUCCUGGCUAUGUACUCUGAUCUGACCUACAGUGACAGGGAGAACAUAAUAGAUGAUAAAUUCUGAUAGACAUUUGGGAAACUUUAGAAGUUGCUUUUUAACCCAAGAACUAAAAGUGGCCUUUCAUUUAUACUAUGAUGCAUCUAUUUAUUGCAAAUUUUGGACAUGCACAUUUAGUUUAAAAACUGAUGAAAGCAAGUAAAUUGCAUGUAUCCGGAAUAAGAAAUGAGCAGAAUGACAAAUAAAGCUAGCUAUCCUGCCUGGUUCUGUAUUUUACCCUCAAUGGGAUUAUCGUUCAACACCUUGAUAUUUGUAUUGUCAAGACUUUUCUGCCUUCACUAUUCACAUGGAUAAACUGUUCAUAGAAACCACUGGAGACCAGCAAGUCUCUAACAGUCUGACGACAAGCUUUGCAGCCUGCCUCAAUAAUAAUGAUGGCAUGCUCACAAGAAGUAAAAAUUGGUCCUGUAAGCCAGCAACAGUGUAGAACAAUGGAAAUGAAUGUGCAUAAUCCCCUACCUCCUCAGCCUGUAAACCAGAGCUCUAAUUUUUCACUUCCAUAAGAGUAAUAAACCUUCUUUACUU